AUGAAUAUGAAUAAUGGGGAAAAAAAUAUUUGUGUACCGGUAGGUACGGGAAUUCAAUGUGAUGACCGUCGAAUGUGUGCUUUAUGUUCUGGAAGUAUUGGUGAAGAAGCUUUAAUGGCUAUGCAUAGAUUAUGGCAUCCAGAACAUUUUGUUUGUAAUGGUUGCAAAAAGCCUAUUAAACAAACAUACCAGAUUGCAGAUAAUAUUCCAUUUUGUAUUCCUUGUUUUGCUACAAGAUUUAAUCCAAAAUGUGCAGCAUGUAAUGAAACAUUAGUUGAUACCUGUCUAGUGGCAUUAGAAAAACACUGGCAUCCAAGAUGUUUUAAAUGUACAAUGUGCCAUAAACCACUUCCGAAUGGUGAAUUUUAUACAGUGGACAAUAAUCCUUAUGAUUUGGAUUGUCAUUGGGCAGUAAGAUUAGAUAAAAGAAAUGAAAGAAUGGAAAUACGAAUGUAA